AGUAGGGCUGCUUCCCCACCGCUUCCUUUCUUGCUCCUGACGUGAAAUGAGGACUAAGUCGAGGUUACACGAGAAGCGUGAUCGCACAUACAUACCUAGGUUAGGUAUAUGCAAGCCUCGCUGCUAGUGUGUACCAGGUUGGUUAAUAGAAAGGGAAAAGUCCCCCAGAGCACAGUAACAGCUCUCUAUAACCCUCCCCAUCAGACGCGAUAACGCCGAAGGCGAACAAGUUACCAAAAUGUCUGAGAUGACAAUGUAUACCGCCGAAACCCCUGAUGAUGUCAAGAACGCGAAAGGGCUUCAUCUGCUCACCCACAGCACAGGUAACGGCCAAGCCAUCCAGACCUUUCUGGAAGAGCUGGCCGAUGCCUAUGGACUGAAGUGGACGACGACGCUCAUCAAUAUCUACGCCAACGUCCAGAAGCAGGAAUGGUACCUCCGACUCAACCCCAACGGCCGGAUCCCCACCCUCGUCGACAACACGCAGAGCCCUCCCUUCGCGAUCCACGAGACCUCCGCGGAGCUGCUCUACCUCGUGGACACGGUGGACAAGAACCACCUCUUCAGCUUCGAGAGCGCGCAGGAGAAGAGCGAGAUGCUGCAGUGGCUGUUCUUCUGGCACGGGUCCGCGGCCCCGUACCUGGGGCAGUUUUUCUUCUUCAGCAAUCUUGCGCCGGAGAAGAAUGAAUACACGAUCAACCGCUUCAAAAACGAGUCCCUGCGCGUGCACGGCGUGCUCGAGAUCCGCCUGUCGGGCAAAUAUACCGGUGAGCCGAGGGAGUACCUCGCCGGGAAGGGGAAGGGUAGGUAUAGCGUGGCGGACAUCAAGGCGUGGCCGUGGGUGCAGUACUGGGAGCCUGCGGGUUUCACCAGGGAGGAGAUGGAGAAGUUCCCGCAUGUGAUGCAGUGGAUUGAGAGGAUUGCGCAGCGCCCGGCGGUGCAGAGGGGCAUUGGGGAGAAGUAUAAGCAGAAGGUGUAAGCCUUGGGUGGGUAUUGUGGGAUGGGGCUAUGGGGCUGAGGGGUUUCUUGGGAGAUAUGGCUGAAAUGUUGCCUUCGAAAGUUGCAGAUAAACCAUUUAUUUU